UGGAUGUGCCUCUCAGUUCUGCGUUAGCACCUUUGGGAUAAAGUACCGACGGAUCUUUACUCCUGUUUGAAGCGAUUUACCAGUUUGUUUACCAGUUAAUUCUCGUCUGCUACGGAUCCAGGUGAUUUCUUUCAUUGCAAGUGGAUUUCUUGUUAAUUUUCUUCACCAUUCCUUCCACUCACUGCGGAACAACGGGACUAUUGUUGUUUAAAUCGUCUGCUCCAGAUUGUCGUCUGCUUGGUAUGGAUGUGUUUAUGUUGUCUGUCGUCUGCUAGUAACCGUUGGUACAGAUCAAAACAUAUCGCCGAGGACUAUUGUGUGUAUUCAUUGGAUUAAUGCUUGGAUAUAAUGACACUUGUCCUGCCCAUGUCUCCCGUCGCUUACCAGUGUGCACUUAGGGAGGACACCCCAAACGAUAUCUACCCGACCUGGCCAGCGUCACAACCAAGGGAUAUCCAGAUCAAGACAGGCUCGUGCUGUUAUCAGUCUGCGGCAGCAACAAUGAUAGGACAGGCCCCCACCUCACACAUGACAGGUGUGGCGGUGUCAGAGAACAGUGUGCCAGGCCGUCCAUGUCCAACAGACGACCCAAUGACUGGGAAGCGGCAGAUGGCUGAGGUGCCCAUGAACCUGUGUGGACACGUGGAAGGCCGGACCUCCAUUAUGGCCCCAUUGGGAGGGUUAAAGCGUAAACUGGAAGAGGAACCAGACUGUGCGGAAGCUGAGUUAGGUUUACGGCCGAGGAAGAUAUCGCCAUAUCUCAACACGCCGAAACAACGCCGCGAGGAACGGAGGAAAAUACUACGGAUUUCCGUACAGAAACUUCGCGCUAUCGACGACCCGGAAUUAUUCCUUCGGCGCUCAGUGCUCAUCAAUAAUACAAUGAAACGUAUGCAGCAGGAGAUCAGAGAGGAGAAGAUGAGGAAAGAAUUCUAUGGGUUCACUCCAUAUGGUGCCUUCAUCAGGCGCCGCCCGCAUAUAGGAUACGACGUCAUGAACAAUAGCUAUCUCUCUCCAUACGGGCAUCACAUUUUUGACGAUAGCUUAUCCUUGGCGCCAGCGCCACCUAGUGACUGUGAUAAAUUAGCUGAGGAUGCACAAGCGGACAGUAUUCUCCACAGCCUUAGCACCGAUGACAAUAUACCAUGCCCCAUCACAUCAAAUACUUGUACGUUAUCCGCGACAUCACCGCUGACGUCAGAAACUGCUAAUCCACUUCCAAUAACAUCAGACACGCAAAAAACAUCACCAUUGACAUUACCCGACUGUGCGAAAAGUUCACCGGAUUCUUUAGUUUCAAAUGACAUUUUGAUCGAAAAUAACUCGUUUGCUGCGAGUCCGGUUGAUCCGAUUGAACAUUGUCAGACUUUAGAGAAACAAACGAGCCAAAGUGAAAUGAUGGAGAACGUUUUUAAUAAGCUCAUAUCGGCGUUAUCAGAGUCAUAGCAGAAAAGUACUUUCGGUUUUUUUUGGCAGAGAAAUUACUUUUUUUGUACUGAACUGCUAAUUGAUUGGGAAUGAGCUGCGCAUCAACGGACGCUGCUGGUGUAAUUUUCACACGAGUGACCAAAUUCCGUCAGGUCACUUGAGUUGGUCCAUCCCAAAAGGUGUACAUAUUUACUCCAGUCAGCCACAGUCCCGUUGACGUGUUUCUGGUUUUAAUGGGUUUAUUGGUUGUGCCCCGGGGACAGGUCUAGGAGAUGGUGUUCCAUACCCGUCCACUUAUGUGUUCGAUUAGGAUGCAGAUGAGAUGUCCGCUGUCAUACUACACAAACUCUAUAGUUGGCUGGUAAACGCUGAUGAACAAAAAAGCGUAUUCUCGUCAACAGCUGCUUCAGUUUGUUUCUCACUAAGUUGAUUGGUCAUGUUUGAAGCGAAGCGAGGAUCAUAGUUAAAUGCCAAAUCCAGGCUUAAAGUGUUAAAUCAAAAGUCAGGAACUUUAAACGAUUUACAAUCAAAGUAAGGCUGGGACAAGUCGAUUACCUGAACUAAUCAAUGUAUUUAAAUUGUAAUUAAAGUACUGGGUGAUCAUGAACACAUCAUUAAACAAUGGAUUACGACUAAGUUAUCACGGAAAAAAUCCUUGGUUGUUAUUUCAGAAUGGACAAUUUGUUAGCACGGAUAUAUCAAAUCAGGAUUUAUCAUUAUUUACAUGACUUACUGAAAAGUAACUAUAAUGUGACCGAUACCUGGGGCUGCAAUCACAUGGAUUCGAGGGUGUAAUUCCGCUGUGUGAAAAGUUCAUUACGCUAAAGACAUUAUAAGUCGGUUAAGUCGGAUCGAACGCUAUAGUGGCAUUAAUGGGAUUAUGAACAAUGGACCUCCAGAAUGUGACACUGAUCACAGUGCUAAAUUAGUUUCACACUGGAGAACGAUUGUCUUAUUGCUGUGUCGAGACUUUUUCGAUAUUUGAACGAUCAUUUUAGUGACCUGGGACUCAAUUCGGAUGCAUUCCUUCAUAAUGAACGCUGGAUAUGACUGUAUAGUUACUGUGCAUUUAAUAUUUUAUUGCAGGCGAUUAUUUACUUCCAUUUUGAUUUCCACAAAUGACUUCAUUGAAACAUUUGUAGGCGCAAGGAUAUUCACCACAGCUGGUUGUAUCAAAAUAAUAAUUUUUUUACAGUCACAAUUACAAUCUUCUACUGCAUUAUGUGUGAGAAGGGAAAAGGAGCCCAGUGUAGUUUUUGACACAACCUGUAUGUCAUACCAGCCAUAUUGGUAAGUGAGGUUAUCAACUGCCAAAAGAAGAGCUUUCAUCACACCAUUUCCAAAAGCAAUUUCCUUGUCGGAUAAUGUGCCGCUGAAAUCAUUGGAUUGGCCAACUGAGAACUGUUACUGUGACUUCCUAAACCCAUUCCGUCUGCCAGCGGUUGCGUGUUACUUCCUUGUGUCAGGUUCGCUUCUUUAUUGGGGUAGUUAUUCCACCAACUGACAGUGGUAAAGAAUAUCUGUGAAUGUAGGCGUGAAUCAUACAACCCACAUCCUGGUCCAUCAUUUUCUCAACAUUUGAUAACUUCCAAUCAAAAAGCUUACAAUAGUCAAAUCAGCAUUUACACGUACAUGGAUUUCUAUACACAAGUCCUUGACACCUUUAAGUCGAGAUUGGUUGUAAGAUUUAUGCAUCAGUUAUGGAACAUUUUAAUUUUCUUCCUGGUUUAGGGAGGCUUGAACUACAGCCGCAUAUUUCACCAUGCUUUCAACUUCGAUAUCUGUAUUAUCAUCGGUUCUCCUGCUGUCAAACCCGUAUCACAUAUCCUUCUCGUUAAUUGUAAUUGAUUUCAUUAAGGACUGGCUUAUUUCCGUUUAAUCAAGUUUGGGUACUUUUACCAUGAUAUAAAUUACCUACGAAUGUGUUGUUGCAGGAGAGAAACCGCGUGGACUGAAAUUAUUAAUGGCGACACUCCCUUCACGCAAAAUGGCGGCUAUACUAACUAAAAGUAGGAAAUGCUGGUAUUCCCUUCAAUCAAACAAUCGGGGUUUUGAUCGAAAUCUCUUUUGGGGCUAUUUCUGACGAUUUUGACAAUGGGCUAUUUCUUCACCAUCAGUAUUUAGCAGAUGCUGUGGCCGGUCAGGUCCCCAGACAAAGAAGGCAAUAUCUCCGGUGUUGCUUUUGGUGGCGUGCGUGCGAGCAGCACGGGUAUCCGUCCCUCGAGGCAGCGCGAAUACUCCGAUGUCUCGUCCGCUAUGGACGUGUUAUUUCACGCUAGCGUUCUCCAAUUCACCAGCAACCUCCAUUGAAAAGCAUCCGCAGACAAAGACCACGCAAGGAUGACCUUUCAGCAUCUCAAAUGGUUGCCAUGAACUUUAAUGAGGGAUUGUCGCCAAACCGUCGAUAAUUUAAAAAUUCAAUGAAUAAUACUGUCUUUGAUGAUUUCUCAAGGGAGGCUGUGAUUGUGUUCGCCAUUGUUGUCAGCACCUGCAAGCAACUUGUUUUCACAUGGGAUUUUUCUUCAUGUCUUGGCCAGGCGCGCUGUGGUUUCUUUGUGGUGCCUUUUAACGGGAAUUACUUGCACUUGCUUACACAUGUAAUGAAAAUCAUGACCCGUCUAGUCGUCUAUAGGUACUUAGCCAAUAUGGCCAAUACCAAUCCAUUUAAUGCUUUGUUUAAUUUCCUGGCCAGAAUAGACUUCGUGAUCAUUAAUGUACCUUGGGGUGUAGACUUGUGUUUCAUACUCGCUUAGAAAUAAAGGUUAUCCAGGUUUUUUUUACGGGCACGUGUGAUAAACAAUGAUAUAUCGUCACCCGUUUCGACGGUUUUCUUGAGGCAUUUUAGUCGCAAGUGUACCGUUUAAAGUGCUAAAUGGGUGACACAUAAUGUGACCAUGAACAAACCCUGGAAAACCUCCAAGAGUGGGCGGCACACAAACACGCUUUUGGGUAUUCCAAUAUGCACUUUCAAGGAAAGCACAUGGGAAGGAAGGAAAAUCGCUUAACCUUGGUCGCCCGUUUUACAUUCGCACGCACUUGUUAUUUAGGUCGAAACCCGUUCUUCUCUUUGUCGAGUGGCAUUUUACAUUUCCAUUCUUUGAACUUACUUGCAAGCUGUCAACACGCGAAGACCGAGUAAUACCAAGAAUUGAUAAAGACAAGUCUUUGUUAAUUCUUGGUAUAUCAAUAAUCUCCUCAGACUGCCUAAAAAGAUGAAGGUACCACCACUCGAGUUGAUGAACGAUUCAUAAUGCUUCCAUCUAAAUUGCAACAUACCUAGUCAGUUUGUUGCAAUUUUACAGUUGACAUAAAAACAAAUGUAUACACUCCGGGCUUUGAGAUAUUCCUGUUCCAAACUCCCAUGUAUAUUUUAUUAAAAACAAAAACCAAGUCGCACACCCGCGGGUUCGCAACAAAGUUUGGACACACACUCUCAACUUAGAAAACUCUUGGUAUUGAACAAUGCAACUAUUAUCGUACACCUGUAAGCCAAAUAUAGGAAAAUGAAAACCUAAUUCUGAACAAUGUAAUAACCUGCACAGUAGAUUUCUAUUAUAGUAUUAUCGAUUUGUUACGGAAGUACAUAUCACCUUACAAUGAACGCUCGUAGGCUGAGAGAGGACAACGCUUAGAACAAAAGCUUCACAAGAACAAAACAAAAAUCAAAUAGUCACAGUAACUCCCGCCGGGUCUUCCUAUAGUGAUAGUGAUGGAUUUCAAACAUCACAGCACAGUCAUUAUAGAUUAUUUUAAGGUAGUGACAUUUGAUGUUGUUUUGUGGUUCAACUCCGCUUCGAUUUAACAGCCACUAAAAACACGGAUUAGAUUAUUUCUAAUCGCGGAAAGUCUUUAAUUAGCAAAUGCUAGAGUUUGUUACCUCACACCUUGAUUUAUCUUUCAAAAGGUUAACGCGUGUCAUCUCUGAGAAUAACUCAAACAUGUCCACAGCUUUGUAAUUAAUUUUGACGAAAGCCAUAUUUUUUUCUUAUUCUCAUUUGAUUUCAAAUGCUGUAACUUGAGAGAAUUUGAAUCUGGUGUCCUUGAAGCCCAGCCAAAUCUAACAUCCUAAAAUGGAAAUGCUUCUGAACAAUGUCACACAUUGUGUGACCGGAAUUAAAUAAAAUCAUAAUGGCUUUUUGCAUUUUUGAUAGCUGGAGGCUAAGUAGCUACGCAGUCGGGGUUGAACUGGUGAUGAACCGUUUGAACGCUGCCGAGUAGGGUCGAAGAAUCGUCCACCUUCCUUGAGGCUAACAUAUUUAAUCAAGGACUGAUGUGAUCCCGAGUGGUGAUUUAAUUGUGAAGUGACAAUGUUAUCAUCCCUAUCGAAAUGGGAUGGUGGAGCGCAAACAAAAUGGCGCUGCAAUUGUUUUUCAACCUUUUUGAUGUAGAGAGUGUUGAACGAAUGGGGUGCUUCUUGGCAACAUGAUAUUAACAAAUACUUUAAAGAUGGUUCAUGGAUUUCAAAUAAGAAAUUGAUACUCGGGUUCAAGGCCAUUAUUGACCAAUCUUUAUUUAUAGGCUAACGGAUGCCUCUUCUGUAUUCAAAUUCUGAACUUAAACUGGUUACAGCGGCAGGAUGUUUUGUACAAUAUGCAGCUCCUUUUGACCACUUGCUCCUCGAAGAGAAUACAAUAACUUUGCAGGAUGUGUGUGUCAGGUUGCCAUGACAUAAAUGUAACGGGAUACUCCAGGGUUUACUUUGAUUGGAAACAAACUUCGUCGAAAUGAUCCAAAGUGUAACAACAAGGUCGGGCGUUCUUGUCCAGAAGCUGACAAGAAGAUGUUUUUCAGGAGUGAUCUGUUUAAUUUUUGCAUGACACUUUAAAAACAACCGUUAAAAAUCAGAAAGAAGCCAGUUGGAUUUGUCAUACCCUAAUCCAGUUACUCUGUAAUUUGAAUAAGUUGUCAACACUUGAAAUGUUCAGACAAGAACAACUUUAUAGACAGCUGUAGGUGCUUAUGAGCCCCGGCUUUGGUGCCUCAGCUCUGUGUGUGCAACUUGCAGUGCUUCUUGUUUAUUCAUCACAUAGUUGAUCAAUACUUAGGCUUUGUCAGACCUUUUGAAAUUUCAAACUUAUUUCAUGGUUUAAUAGUUGAAACACGUAUAAAAAUGCCUACCAUAUGGCGGAUAUUGCGCAAAGGGCUAACAAACCUGGCAGCUACAUGUAGAAAGAAAUCACGUUUAAUUUUGAUUUGAAGCCAGAACCCCGCACCCGCCCCUCUCCCCGACCCAAUGAAUAUGCAGUGGCGGUCUUGUCAUCGUCCAUGCAGUGUCCAUAACGACUACCCCGGGCCCUGUUGACCUUACCAGCAAUGCUCUCUCCAGACAAUUCAACCACCAUUACCGGCGACGCUAUCCGCCAAUUGAAGAUUUACGACUGUCUGUCACAUACAUACAUCUUGAAUAUUUUAUACGCUCCAUCAGGAUGCUGAGACAAGCUGCUGUAAUCUAAAUCCUCAUCUUCUUCCAGAGAAGAGAGUGGCUUUGUUUUAUCAUUUCUGCUGAUCGGCGCACCUCCUGUUUAUGGCGAAAUGCCUUUCAUACAAGCAAAGUUUAUUAACACGCCACCCAUAAACAUUUAUGCCCUGUAAAAAAACAACGAACACUCUUUGAAAUAAAGAUUUUUGAGCGUCUGAAAAAACCUUUAGGGUUUUUGUCAUCACAGAUAUGCAGCUCCUAAAGGUUUUUUCAGGGAAAUCAAAAAUUCUUUGAGGUUUUUCACAAGGUCUUAGUAAACUUCAGGGUUUUUUCAUUUCCUGAAAAACCUCUAGGGGUGCAUGUUCGCGUUGGCUGAAAAACCCUGAAAUAGUUUUUAAACGCUUAAAAAUGCUUAUUUUUGAGCACGUCUUGGUCAUCCGAAUAAUGCCAUCAAAAUAUUCAAAUAAUGCCAUCAAAACAUCACCAAAUGAUGUUGAGGGUUAUGUGAUCCGAUUAGCAAGGUGCGCACAAUCUCGACCGUAAAAAUUAUAACAACUCUGCGGAGCGAAUGUUUUUUGAAAUUGACGAAAUUGUAAACGUAGCGUGUUACAGACCAGUAAAGCAUCGACAAAGUUUAUGGCGUACUUAGUCUGUCUUAGCCGAGUAUUCCUGGUUUAUGUGAACAAGAGAACUGGGUGUCUAUUCUUCCGAUAAAAUACCAUCGAGUUGUGUGAUAGCUUGCAAACGGUAACACCAAUCCAUGUCCACGCCAACCUAAGCAUACUAAUAAUAACGUAUUGAUCAGACGAAAUGCAUUGAAAGUGAUGGAAAUUGAAACCUCGAGAUUUUGCUCCAGUUCAACUUUGCCUGUUUGGCGUAGUAUAACCGUAAGGUAUGCACCGCAGAUACGUUCAAUUUACAUUGGUGCGAACUCGAUCCAUCUGUUCUUUGGCUCAAAGUGCUAGAAAACCUACCAUAUCUUUCACGCAGGUUUCCGCCUCGUAGUUUACCUUCAGAGAGAUAUCAGUUGUAACAUUUACUGCGUUUGAUGGCUGUGACGAUUUUUUGCCUUCGCCGUUUAUGCGGUUUAUUCAUUUGCUUUGCUAUUGGAAAGCUAUGAGGUAUCUGCAGCGUGAGUAUACGGCAUUGCUUGAAGCGGUAAACAAAGGAAAGCUUUUUAGGCGAUCAGAUUUUUUGGAUGCGAUGUUCACAGAGGUGUUACAAGGUUUUUUUUGACAGGUAGCAAAGUGGUGCAGCAUUUUCUUAAACACUUCAGCUUCAAACAAACUUUAUCAGCCUUUACGAAUCGAAUGCUGAUGAACUUUAUGAUUUACAAUGUUGUGUUGAUGACUGAUUUAAAAUUGAUCCCGUCAUUGAGUUCGUUCUAGAUUAUUAGUUGGAAAUGUAAUGAAAUCAAAACGUGAGGCCUAUUGUCUUGAAACUCUAUCGAACUGUCUGAUGACCAAGGGAAUAAUAUACAAUUGGGGAAUACGGCCAUUAACUUGACAACCAUCCGAUACUUGUCACUUGUCCAUUACACAAAUGCACUAAAACUGCUAGUGCAUAUUACAUUCAUGCGGUGAGGACACUCAGUCAUAUUUUGAUGCGAGUGAUCAUUAGUGCUUUAGAAAUAAACCUCGCUGUGGACCAUAGUAGUUUCCUUAAUUACCCAGUUCUCCAAACCAAUCAAUUAGUACAAAAUUUGACAUUUAGAAGUAAAACUAUUAAUAUUUAUCAUGAUAUCACGCGUGUUAACUGUGGCUGCCUUAAUUUAUCAGUUAAAAUUUCACAAAAAAUGUCCCUGCACAUUUUGAUAGCGGCAUUAAAGCCACUAUAAGUCAAAAAUAACUAUCAGCUGUGAAUUAAUGGUGGAUUAUAAAGCGAUAGGCAGUGCAUUCUUCAACAUCAGUGAAAGUGGCAUCGACUUGGAAAGUCAUUACAUGAUUAGUGUACUGCUGUAUUAGUACAAAUCGCUUCUCGUCAAGGGUUCUAAACCUGCAGCGGCAUGACACGCCUUCAAUAUUAAUUUUGUAUGAAUUGUAAUCACUCGCGUUAAGUUCAUUAAUUCGGAUGUGAUGGUGAGUCCUGGAGAAUCCCAUACAUAAAUGAGUCAGCGCGUGCGGUAACUGCCUAACUGACUCAUCCCGAUUAGAUCUCCCUGCCAGGAUUAUUAGUGAGCUGGUGACAAAUUUCAAGAAAUACGAAAUGCACUAUCGGGGAGAUUCUGGGGAACAAAGACUAAGGUUUGAUUUAUGGCUUUGUAGAAACACAUUGUUACCACUAGGACUCAUAAUGGAGUCUAUUGUUGAUGCUGCGUGUCUCCUUUGUUUGGUGACGAUCCCGUGGAAAGGGGUUGUCCGAUGGAGAUGAUGGCGCGGUCCCCGGGGCAAGAGUGCCACUGCCAUGCUACAUUGGUUCAUCACAGCCACUCAAGGGCUGACUCCACCGGGAUUAACCGCCUGCUUCACCUCGGCAUCCAUUUUGAUAACAAUCAGUGGUAUUCAUCAGCCAUCUUGGAAUUUGCCAAUAACGACCAUUAUGUUUUAAAAAGCGAAUAAAAAACAGUUUAUUAUUGAGUGUUAAAUGAGACGAUUUUAGUUUAAAGAUGUUACGGCAAAUCACAUCAUCACCUUUUAUUAACUUAGCGAUUGCACUGACAGUGAGCGUUAAAAGGAAAGGUUGUGUCUCUUUUAUCUUGAUUAAAAGUGUUAGCUUCAUUUACACUCCUUGCUAGUGGUAACUUGGCAACAAAAUAGCAUUACAUUGUUACCAACAUCACUCGGUGCUUUUAUCAACAAUACAUGAAAUAAUCGUUAAGGUUAGUUUUUGGUAGGACGUUACCAAUAUGAUAUUUCCUGAUCGCCUGUAUCUUUUUGUCUUAGUUUGGCCCGGAAACCGAUUUAUUUUGACCACAAUUAUUUAUUCACGAGUUGGGAAAAUAGCUGAGAUGUACGCAAUAAACUUAAACGCCGGGCUCUAAUGAUAAAAAUGCAAUUUGCAACAUAUAUCAUUGGAGAGUAAACUGGUUUACUGUGUGAACUCACAAAAUACUUUCAGACUGACCUUGACCCCGUGUACCGAAAGCAGCCCACUGUAUCUUGUGUUUUCUUGUAACGGACACUGAGUUAUCACUGUCUCCAAAAUCGGAGACAUGCUCAGAAAUAUUUAGUCCUAAUGAAUUCUUGAUAGUAUGUAGCCUGAGAGAGGUUCCACAGUUAGUAUUCAUUGAGAGUGAUUUUGUUUAUCGCCUGCCGAGAAGCCGGUUAGUCUGCUUUAUCAUUAGCAAUGUUAGUCUUGUGUAAUUCCCCGGGAGACUGCCUGAGAAGUUUAUGUCAAAACUUGUACUCGUAUCCAGAGCAUUAUGUCAAGGAAUGAUUUGUACAUGUAUGCAUCAUAUUUAUUGAGUC